CACACACACACUGACAGGUCGAGCGAAACCCGCGCGUGAUUGGAGUUUCAAAGCGUCUCUGCGCGUCAGCCGAGCAGCUCUAAAGGAAGCAAUACAGAGGCUUAAGAGAACAUUUGACCAGAUUUAGACUCCUGUUGUGGAGCACAAGAUGAGUAAAGCAACUCUCACUGCCGUCUUUAUAGCAUUUCUACUGACUUCCAGUGGAGCAAAGCCAAAUGGAAAGAGCAAAAAGCCAAAACAAGCUGUGCCAGCAAUAGAAUGUGAUAUGCGGGCUGGGAAGAUCAAUCUCUCAGAGUUUAUUGCUAAGUGUCCAGCUAACUGCAAGGAGACCAAGGAGAAGGUGUAUGGGACAGGUGUAUUUGCCUCCAUAUCCAGUAUCUGCAAUGCUGCCAUUCACAGUGGAGUCAUCACUAACUCUGGAGGAAAGGUAAUUGUGAUGAAGAUGGCAGGACAGACGAUCUACAAGGGUAGCUUUGCCAACGGUGUCCGCUCUCUGUCCUUACCCAACUGGAGAGAAUCCUUUUCUGUCUCAGUGGGUAAACCAAAGAAGGGGGUGACCUACCCAUCCACUCUGGUCUUUGUACCCUCAAGACCCACCACAGUGAAAACAGGUGAUCUCAAAGAGCUACCAUACUCCACAGCGUCGCCUGUGACAGAGGCUCUAGAGACGGAGCCGAGCUCCACUGCAACUCCGCCCACAACCACUCAUGUGACCACACCCAUCACCACAUCAGCCAAGCCACGGGUCACCGUUCAUAAAGUCCGCGAGGCAGUUUUUCAGUACCCUAUUGAAAUGAGCAUCCUGUCUGGACGAUAUGGAUCAGGACAGUCACAGAGCGCCCAAGGAAAAGGUCCUGCGCAAGCAUUUAGAGGCAGCUCCGUCUAUGCCAAUAGGUUUUCACCCCGCACAAACUCAGGUGUGCACAGGCCAGAGACGGGCACCGCAAUCCGAAGACAGCCGCAUGUUUCCUCAGCUUCAGCAGCUUUCAGUCGGGUGCAGCCGCAGUCUGAGAGGAAGCAGCACACGGCGCAUUCUAAUCCUGCAUUUGCAAGAAGAGAUUGGCCGCACCCUGCGUACACACGACCUGAUUGGUUCUCUGGCACCAGAAGACCAACAGAUAGUAGCCACUCUGUGCCAAACACAGGCUCUAAAUGGAGCAGGAUGAGUACUGGUGACCCCACAGCUCUUGACCCAAGGCCUGAUAACACAGAGCAUGAGUACCAGCUGCAUAACUUUGGACAGUAUUCUCCUGCGCCAGAAGACCACAAGCCUCCAUCUGAGACGAGCCACACUAGAGAGGUGCUUGCUGGGUCAAAACCGUUCGAGUCAGGUUUCAGCCCACAAGGAUAUGACAUAACAGCCAGAGUUCCUGGACUCAUGUCUCAAGGAGAUUCAAACUGUAAAGUUGAUAUUGCAUUCCUCAUGGAUGGCAGCUGGAGCAUUGGGAAACGCCGUUUUAAGAUUCAGAAAGACUUUCUCGUGGAGGUUUCUCAGGUCAUUAAUGUGGGUGUAGCUGGACCCAUGAUGGGCAUCAUUCAAUAUGGGGAUGAUCCAGUCACAGAAUUCAGUCUAAAACAGUUCUCCAGCUCCAAGGACCUGAAGCCGGCCAUCAGCAAAAUAGUCCAGAAGGGCGGUCUGUCCAAUGUAGGAAAGGCCCUCUCCUACAUCAACAAGCAUUUCUUCAGUGAUACUAAUGGGAACAGAGGUGGGGCGCCCAAUGUGGCUGUGGUCCUGGUGGACGGCUGGCCCACUGACAAAGUGGAGGAGGCCUCACGUCUGGCCAGAGAGUCAGGCAUCAACAUCUUCUUUGUCACCAUCGAGGGCCCAGAUGAGAAUGAAAAACAGAACGUGGUGGAGACCAACUUUGUUGACAAGGCUGUGUGCAGAACCAAUGGCUUCUUCUCGUUCCCCAUCACGAGCUGGUUUGCUUUGCGCAAAGCCGUACAGCCUCUGGUGAAGCGCGUGUGCGACACAGACCGCCUGGUGUGCAGUAAGACCUGCCUUAACGCCAACGACAUUGCCUUCGUCAUCGACGGCUCCAGCAGCGUGGGAACCGGAAACUUCCGCACCGUGCUCCAGUUCGUUGCAAACGUGACGCAGGAAUUUGAGAUCUCAGACACGGAUACGCGUGUAGGAAUCGUACAGUACACGUAUGAACAGAGGCUUGAGUUCGCCUUCGGACAAUACAACAACAAAGCUGAUCUGCUGAAUGCUAUCAAGCGUAUAAACUACUGGAGCGGAGGUACCAGCACGGGAGCCGCCAUCACAUUUGCUGCAGAUCAACUGUUCAGCAAAUCCAAACCCAACAAGCGCAAGAUCAUGAUUGUGAUCACGGACGGACGGUCCUACGAUGACGUGCGGGCCCCGGCGCUGGCGGUACAUCGUAAAGGUGUGAUCGCGUACUCCAUUGGUAUAGCCUGGGCAGCACAGGACGAGCUGGAAUACAUCGCCACCGACCCCGACAGAGACCACUCUUUCUUCGUAGAUGAGUUUGACAACCUCUACAAGUAUGUACCAAAGAUUAUUCACAACAUCUGCAAUGAGUUCAACUCCCAACCACGUAACUGAACCAGGCCUACCGAUGGAAAUUGUGGAAUAUCACCAAAAAUCCAAGGAGUAAGUGCAUUACCACACAGUUAGAAAUACAGUGUUAUAAAUUUAGCAUACUGUAGUUAGAAGCCUUACUUUCUGGAUGAAAAUCUUAGAGAAUGGCAGCAUGUUUCCAGAUUUGAUUUUUUGCAAUUUAAACAAAAUACAAUGUGGAAAGGGUAAAUAUGGCAGUGGAUGUGUGUUCUGUGAUUUUGGAUUAACAUGUGAUGGACUUCAGAGUUACAGAUUUUCUGACGUGUACAUCCACAGAGGUAUAAGAGAAAAUACUUGCUUACAGUUUUUGCAUAAAUGGUUUCAGUUAUAGACUAUUUAUAUUUUACAUGCUGAACACAAGAAUAUGAAAAAAAAAUGAUAUAAAUUAACAAUAAUAUCUUUGUUCAUAUGGAAAGCUUAUCGCUAAUUGUCUGCACAAGAAAAUGUUAAGUUACAGAGAAUACAACUACAUUUAAAGAAAAAUGGCAAUAUUUCAAAAGCUCAUGUUGUGUGGUUUCUCCUAACUAUUCUAACAGAAUGUUUUUUUUUCUUGUCAGUUUAAAUUCAAAUAAUGUAAUUUUUUUGUAUUUGUAUAUAUAAAAAAUGCUUGUAUUUUUGUCAACUGAUCAAAUAUUUUAAUGCAGUUUUUAAUAAAAUGAUUAUUAAAAACCAGCAAAUUCACGGUUUUGGAUUGAAAUGUACACUGAGAGAGAAUAUCUUUUAUCUAUCUUAUGCUAAAAUGUUGAUAAUUAUUUUGGGUAAUUAAUGCUCAUGCCAUAGCACACAAUGUUUGUUUUUUACAUUUCAAGCACAAAUAACAAGUAGAUUUAUAUGCUGAGAUUUAUUUUUUUUUAAAAACUAAAAAAAACAGUAAUGUAAAUCAUGGCCAAGAAUGUUAGUGCCAUUAAGUGUCACAGGCCUUCCCGCUUCUUGAAUUCUCUCCAGUGCUGGAAAGCUGAUCCGAUAUUUACACGGGUCCUACUUCUUGCCUUACCAUAACACCGUGUCUACACGGGACGCGAGCGGCGCGACAAAAUACUAUAGAACUCAUUAUAAUCAGUGAUGCUGUCUACACUGAAUGCGGUGAAAGACCCUUUUCAGUCUGGUUUUAAGGCUAAGCACAGUACUGAGUCUGCCCUUUUAAAAGUGACAAAUUACAUCUUAUUAUCAGUCAACUCUGGAAACCUUGCAGUCCUUGUUCUGCUGGAUUUAAGCACAGCAUUUGAUACUGUGAACCAGAGGUCUUCAACCCUUCUCCUGGGGUCCCACUCUCCUGGACAGUUUAUUUCUAACUGGCUUCAGCACACCUGCCUGCAAUUUUCAAGCAGUCUUGAGGAGCUUGACUGGCCACUUCAGGUGUGUUUGAUUAGGGUUGUAGCUGAAUUCUUCAGGAUAGUGGGUCCCCAAGAAUGGGGUUGAAGACCUCUGCUGUGGACCAUUGCUUUCUGUUAAAUAGAUUGAAUCGCGAGGUUGGCAUCUGUGAUGCUGUCUUAGACUGGUUUGAGUCUUAUCUUUCAAAUAGGAGUAUAUCUGUAGAAAUUGGAGAAUUUCUAUCAUCCCCAGUGCCAAUCACCUGUGGGGUGCCACAGGGUUAAAUUUUGGGUCUAGUUUUAUUUUCUCUUUACAUGCUUCCCCUGUGCUCGAUCUUUGAGCGUCAUAAGAUAUCCUAUCACAUCUAGGCAGAUGAUACCCAGGUCUAGUAACCAUUAGAUUCUGGUAGUGAUUCUGUUUUUUUUUUCUCUGCUAGCAUGUCUAAAGGAUUUUAAAGAAUGGAUGGAUGAAAAUUUUCUUCAGUUGAAUGAAAAAAAUACAGAAAUUAUCCUGUUUGGCUCCAAACCGCUGACUGACAAAUGCAGUGUUUUCUAGGGGCAUCUUCAGUCAAACAAUCACUCUUAUGUCAAAAAUCUGGGGCUCAUCUUUGAUUCCCAUCUUAAGUUUGACAAGCAAAUAAAUUUGGUGGUCAGGGCUUUUUUCCAGCUAAAGCGGCUUCGAAAGUUUAAGUCCCUUCUUACUUUUAGGGAGUUGGAGAUUGUUAUACACACUUUUAUCUCGUCAAGGCUUGAUUACUGUAACGCCUUGAGUGCUGGAAUAAGUCAGUCAUCACUCUCACAAUUACAGAUAGUUCAAAAUGCUGCAUCUCACUUUCUGACUGGGACAAAAAAAGAGGGAACAUAUUUCACUUAUCCAGGCCUCCCUCUAUUGGAUCCCAGUGAAACAAAGAAUUGAUUUUAAGGUUUUAACUUAUGUGUUUAAAGCUCUUCAUGGACUUGCCCAUAUACCAGAUCUUGUAAGUCUUUAUUCCCCUCAGAGAUCACUCAGAUCUUCAGACCAGCUGUUAUUAAAUUUCCCGAAAUCUUGUUUGAAAACUAAAGGAGACAGGUCUUUUACCCCUAAAGAUUAGAGUUUCCCCUAUAUUAACCAUUUUUAAAGCAUCAAUUAAAACAUAUCUUUUUUUCUCAGGCUUACUCAUAACUUGAUUUUAUUCUCGUAUUUUUUUUUUUUUUAAUGCUAGGGGUAGCAGUUUAUGCUGUAGCAGGUUAUGGCUAUUUUUUGACUAUUAUGAUUCCUGUUUUUAUUAUUUUAAGUUUUAUUAAGUAUUAAAUUAUCAGAUAAAAUACUUGUCACAUGUGUGUUCCUGUUUAAUUCUGUUUUGCCCUUAUUUGGUUUAGUUUCUGUUUUCAUUAGUUUAUUAGUAAAUCAACGUUCAUUCUUUUCCAGCUGUGUUUAGUUAUCAUCUCAUUUAAUUUGAUUAUUUAAGCCCUGUGUGUCCAUGUGUCUUGGUUCUGGUAUUGUACAUCAAACCCCCUUGCUACAUGUGUGUCUUUAUUUGGAUUAAUAAUGACAAGUGAAUGUGUAUCUCUUUCGUCUCCAACACAGUAGCAGAGC